AUGUGCCGGUAUAUAUCCUGUCCGUAUGGUCAGCUGUGUAUGAACGGAAUGUGUAUGGUCACCGGAACAUCCGGCUCUUUAUCGGCACUUGGUGGGGGUUUGGGCACUGGAGCGAAUAGUUACGGAGCUUAUUCAAACUAUAACUCGUAUGGUAAUUCUCAAUACAGUACUGGAUUGGCUGGCUACGGGACAAUGCCAAUGGGAAAUAAUUUACUUGGCGGAGGGAUGGCACCGUCGAAGUGUAAGUGUUAA